AUGAUCUCGCGGGCACUCGUUUGCCUGCUUUUCGCCCUGCCGCCGGCCACCGCUGCCAAACGACAUCCCAAGGCUCUCCGACACUGCCGCGAGCCUCCCAAUCUUGUACGUUUUGUCCUUUAAUUCCUCAAACAACGUUUUUUGGCUUUCAUUUGUUUUCCUGAAAAGUUGAAAAAAAUGAAAUGAAACACUACUCAGAACCUCUGAUAUGCGAAAAGACAGUUCUCGAAGUUGCAUUUCGCUGAAAUUCCAGUUUUUGAAGUAAAAAGGUACUCUCAAAAAUUUUUUUCCGAAGGCUAAGAAAAAUUUGAUUUUUUGGGUGAAAUGGCUUUCCUUGCAAAUUGGUUUUAUCAUUUUUUAUGAAAAAGUUUUAAAAAAGCCACUAUUCAAUUUCUGAUUUAGACUUUUUAUUUUAAUUCUAACAUUUUUUCAAGAAUUCAUCCCAACAGUAUUUGAAACUGGAUUCAAUCGAAUCAACGGCAAAAAAAAAACGUGCGAAAAGUUAGGAUAGAUGGUGGCGAACGGCGUGGGUGGCGAUUUUUGGUUUUUUUUUUAGAGGGUGUUCGAAGUGCGACGCAAGGUCUUUUUUUUGCCCUUUAGAAGGGCGUGCCAGUCGCCGUCGGAUCAUAUCAGUAGUUGCAGAAGGACGAGUUGGCGGCCUGGAUGCGAGAGUCUCUCGAAGGAAACGUCGUCGAGGAAGCCGUCGAAGACUGGGCUCCGCUUCUCCGUGAGCCGCCCAUCUGCUCCAAGUGAGUUUUUCUUUUCUUUUUCCUGACAUUCGGUGGUCCCAAGCAAAACUGGUAACUUUCCGUCGAAGUUUAAAAGAAAAGUAAGUUUUUUGAAAUACUUUCAUGUCCAGAUUUUUUCAAAUUUUUUUUCUCUAGUUUUUCUUUUGAGUGAUUUAUGCUGUUUUGGCAGAUCGCCUCGCGCAGAAGGAGAAGCAUCGGUAAUGCAACGAGCGCUAUGUCCCUGGGAGGCCAAGUAAGUCCAAAGAGUCAAGAGUUCAAAGCGUGGCUUCUCUCAGGGUGAACUACGAAGAGACUCGCGAGCCGAAAAUGAUUUCUGAGUCGACAUGUCUCUGUAGAAAAAGUCGCGGCUCUUCUGGCGCCUUCUGUGUCCCGAUCAUUCGACAGGUUUGGACUUCUUCAAACACUUGAUUCUGGUUGUAUUGGGACUUGAAAUGAAAAUAUCCCCAACAGAAUAUUUUCUCUGGAAUUUUCAGUUUUUUAUUCGCUUUCAGCGCUUGUUCAAAAGAAAGCCGAACUUUUCUUUUGAAACAUAGAAGAGCGCCGAAUUCUUUGCCUUCCGUGUAUUUUCUUCAUUCCGUGUAUUUUCUUCACUUGAAGUGGUAGCUCUCUCAAUCGGUCCGAGACUUUUUCUCUAUUAGAAAAGACUUGAACUUCUUGGAUUUUUCGACUGCUUCCUGAAUGAUAUCCUUGCAGGUAGCAGUGUUGAGAAGAGUGUCUUGUGACCUGGCUACCGGCCAAUGGCGGUACACACGCAGCACGCAGUCCGUCACCGUUGGAUGCCAUUCGGUGCUGCCGAGGACGCAGCGGACCGUCUCUUUGGCCCACUUCGCCGCCGGCCAUCCUCUCUGA